AAAAUAAAGGACAGCAAUGGCAGAUCCAGUUAAGAAGAAAAUGUUGAAAGAAGAAAUCAUUACUUACGCUUACCUCAUUCUCUACAUCGCUCUUUCCAGCGGUCAAAUCUUCUUCAACAAGUUUCGGAGUUCAGAGUCUAUGUUGUUCAUGUCAAAUGGAAUGCUUUUUGUUGGGUUUUGUCAUCAAAGGAAAUCAAUUUUCCGUAUCCCCUUGGGUUGACUCUGCUUCACAUGGUCUUCUCUUCUGUUUUAUGUUUCUUACUCACUAAAGUCUUCAAGAUUUUAAAAGUUGAAGAAGGAAUGACGUUAGAAAUAUACACGACAUCUGUGAUCCCAAUUGGUGCCAUGUUUGCAAUGACUCUUUGGCUGGGAAACACUGCCUACUUGUAUAUAUCAGUGGCAUUUGCACAAAUGCUGAAGGCAAUUAUGCCAGUAGCUGUUUUCAUCCUUGGAGUAGCAGCAGGACUGGAGGUAAUGAGCUGCAGGAUGCUUUUAAUAAUGUCAGUGAUUAGCUUUGGUGUUCUGGUGGCUUCUUAUGGAGAAAUAAAUAUUAGCUGGAUUGGAGUUGUUUACCAAAUGGGUGGUGUUGUCGGAGAAUCUUUAAGACUUAUAUUCAUGGAGAUUCUGGUUAAGCGAAAGGGUCUCAAGUUAAACCCUAUAUCUAUCAUGUAUUAUGUUAGUCCUUGCAGUGCUCUUUGUCUGUUUAUUCCUUGGAUCUUUCUGGAGAAACCAAAAAUGGAUGCCCAUGGGAUGUGGAACCUUCACCCUGUUGUGCUAACGCUGAACUCUAUCUGCACCUUUGCACUCAACUUGUCAGUUUUCCUAGUGAUCUCACACACUAGUGCUCUAACCAUUCGCGUUGCUGGAGUCGUCAAGGAUUGGGUGGUUGUUUUAGUAUCGGCCCUUCUCUUUGCAGAUACAAAGUUGACAGUCAUAAAUUUAUUUGGUUAUGGCAUAGCCAUUGCUGGUGUGGCGGCAUACAAUAAUCACAAGUUGAAGAGGGAAGCAAUUCGCAAUAUCUCUGAUGACUCCCAAGCUGCCCUGACCAUACCGAUGGCUACAUCAUCGAAUCUGAACAGAUAGUUAUGUACAACUCCUAAUCUGCAAAGAUGAUGUUGAAAGUAUAAAUAAUUGCACAAAUCAGAGCUACUUGGAACCGCCAGUUAAUCUCGUUGCUUCUAUUUAUUUUGGGAUGUCCAUCACACACUGCAGGAAAAAACAACGUCUUAACUUGUUUUUCCAUUGAUUCUGCACAGAUUAUUCGGGGCGCCGGUUGUUAUAUUUGGAGAAAGUGACCUUCUGAGAUAAGGUGAAGUAGAAAAUCUGCAAAGAAAUACUUGGACUGUUUUAAACUGUAGUGUUAUGAGUUUUUGGUUUUGUUAUGUCUUAACUGUACAUUGGUGGGUGGGAUUAGAGGUGUCGAUUCUCAGGUUGGCUUUGUUUGCCCAAACUUGAUUAGAUUUUAAAGCUCGUUUUAUUGUUUUAAAUAUAUGAAAAGGUAAUUUUGAUAUCA